AUGUGCAAAGAAAACUAUGGGAAGACUAAACACUAUCGAGUGUUUUGGUCUAAACACCCGAGGUUUUGGUCAAAACACCAUGGUGAACUGAAAAGAAAGCGGGACGCCCUUCGCAACACUGCUGAUCAGACUGGAAGAACGAAAGACGUAGAAGCCUGGAGACGACAAGACGCCCUUCGCAAAACUGCUGAUCAGACUGGAAGAACGAAGCCUGGAGACGGUAGUGAGCUGUCCUAA